AUGGCAGUGGUCUCUGCAAUGUCCUGGGUCCUGUAUUUGUGGAUAAGUGCCUGUGCAAUGCUGCUCUGUCAGGGGUCCCUCCAUCACACUUUCCAGCAGCAUCACCUGCACAGACCAGAAGGAGGAACGUGUGAAGUUAUAGCAGCACACAGAUGCUGUAAUAAGAAUCGAAUUGAGGAAAGAUCACAAACAGUAAAGUGCUCCUGUCUACCUGGGAAAGUGGCUGGGACUACGAGAAACAGACCUUCCUGUGUUGAUGCUUCAAUAGUGAUUGGGAAGUGGUGGUGUGAGAUGGAGCCCUGCCUAGAAGGAGAGGAAUGUAAGACGUUGCCUGAUAAUUCUGGAUGGAUGUGUGCGACUGGCAAUAAAAUCAAGACCACCAGAAUCCACCCGAGGACCUAA